AGAGGUGCAGGAAGGACACCAUUGAACUGGGAGACCCGGACCCACAUUUCCUGUCAUGUAGGCCUUCACGUAUAUUCUUUUACCCAUCAUCUAGUAUGUUUAUAUCUGCAACGACUGCCACAUUUAAUUUUCAUGUGGCUGCUCGAAUAUUACAGGAUACAGCAAUUGGAAAGAACUAUGCUGCAGAUAAGCUAGGACAGAUCUUAGUGCCAACGCUGGGCAGGCAGGCCAACACAACCGUCAGUAAAUCUCGCAUUGAAGCGGCGGCUGGCACAACCGUCAGUAAAUCCUACAAAAGGAGAAGCUUCUUGAUUCUAGAAUUCCCAUUCUCAGGCCUAACUGCUGGUGAUGGAUUUGUCUGUGGCCUGCUGUUGGAUUCAAAACAACCCUACUGUUGGGGCAAUGGAAUAUACAUCCAAAUGGGUGUCCCUCAUCCAAUGGCUGAAGAAGCUUCCUACUCAGAAAUCAGUGCUGGGGUCCACCAUAUCUGCGAAUUGAGAUUGCUUGCCAAACGGAUGUAUGCAAACAUCUCCAUGGUUGGGCUUAGAGAAGACCAGACAUGAGUACAAUUAAGAGAGUUUUUGCACCAACUUGGUUGCUUCAAAUCAUUAUGGUUAUUCUGUUAUUGUAUUUGGUGAACUCAUGGAAUUCCAUGGAACUGAUUGAAUGGAAGGAGCUUCUGUUGUUCAUACAAGUCAUGUUUCUGAUUUUUUGGAUGAAUUGGGUGUGUGAAAUUGCAUGGAACUGAUCAAAUGAACAUGGAAUUUCUAUUGGG